ACACACAGACAGGCAUACUCUUUCUCUCUCAAUCCUUUCUCAGCUCAGCUUUUGCUCUCUAUUUUAGUGUUUUUUUUUGUUCACUUUUUUUUAAGUUAGUUUCACACACUUAUGAAAAAGGAAAGAUAUCUCACAAACUGAUUUGCGGUUUUUUUAUUUGGGUUGUUUUCUUUUUCUUUAUAAACUAGGAAUUUCGUGUUUUUUUUUUUUUUUUUUGGUUUUGGAAUGUUGAUGGAAGAGGUUUGAGUUUGAGAGUGAUGAAGGUGACGGGGAAAGCUAGUUUGCCAGCGACAUUUUCGGGGAGGAAUCCGACGGACGCGGAUCUCAAGCCAACGACGAAACGGAAGGCAAGGAACAGGAGGUGGAAACGGGUCGGCGGUACGCCGGUUGUGGGGAGGCGGAGCAGGCCGGAGACGCCUUUGUUGAAAUGGAAGGUGGAGGAGAGAGAGAAAGAGAGAGGGAAAGAGAAAGUUCGUGGAGUUGAGGAAGAGCUCGAGGACGAGGUGGAAGAGGAGGAGAAUGGUGGCCGGAGAGGUGGUGGUCGAGGGCAUAGGAGGAAAGGUGCUCCAAAAGUGUCCGCGAGGAAGCUUGCAGCUGGAUUGUGGCGGUUACAGUUGCCGGAGACGGUGACGUCUAGUGUUGCAGAAAGGAGGAGCGAUCGCUUAGGGUUUAAGCCUGGUAAAGAUUUUGUGGGUGUUCCAUUCCAUUAUCAUCACAAGGACAAAAUUUGUAGUUCAGAUGCCAAGGAUCCAUUACAGAGCCCUGGUUCUGCCUCUGGCACUAAGAACGGUCUCUUGCGUAAGAUCGAGCCUUCAAUUCAAUUUUCCAACUCUGCGAUGGAGGGAGCAACAAAGUGGGAUCCUGUCUGCUUAAAAACAACGGAUGAGGUAAGGCAAAUUUACAACCACAUGAAGCGUAUUGACCAACAAGUAAGUGCUGUAUCAAUUGUUUCUGCCCUUGAAGCUGAGCUAGAGCAGGCUCGAGCUUACAUUGAGGAGCUUGAGACUGAGCGCCGAUCCUCGAAGAAAAAACUUGAGCACUUCUUGAGGAAAGUUAGUGAGGAAAGGACUGCUUGGCGGAGUAGAGAGCAUGAGAAAAUACGUGCCUUUGUAGAUGAUGUUAAAGCGGACUUGAAUCGAGAACAGAAAAAACGGCAGAGGCUUGAAAUUGUUAAUUCGAAAUUGGUGAAUGAGUUGGCUGCUGCCAAGUUAUCGGCAAAGCAAUAUAUGCAGGAUUAUGAAAAGGAAAGAAAAGCCAGAGAACUAAUUGAAGAAGUAUGCGAUGAACUUGCUAAAGAAAUUGGAGAAGACAAGGCUGAAGUGGAGGCAAUUAAGAGAGAUUCCAUGAAGCUUCGCGAGGAAGUCGAUGAGGAAAGAAAAAUGUUGCAGAUGGCUGAGGUCUGGCGUGAAGAACGUGUACAGAUGAAGCUCAUUGAUGCAAAGGUAGCACUUGAAGAGAGGUAUUCACAAAUGAACAAGCUUAUAGCAGAUUUGGAGACUUUUCUAAGGUCAAGGACUGGAAAUCUGGACACGCAAGACAUGCAAGAAGCAGAAUCACUAAGACAGGCUGCUGAAUCAGUUAAUGUUAAAGAAAUUAAGGAAUUUACAUAUGAGCCAGCAAACCCAGAUGAUAUUUUUGCCGUUUUUGAAGAUGUUGCUUUCGGUGAAGCAAAUGAAAGAGAAAUUGAACCCUUUACUGCAUAUAGUCCUGCUAGCCAUGCCUCAAAAGUUCUUAUGUUGAGUCCCGAAAUGAACAUGAUGAAGAAAGACAGCAUUAUGAAACAUUCAAAUGCACUUUUUGAUCAGAAUGAUGAGAUAGAGGAAGAUGAGAGUGGGUGGGAAACUGUCAGCCAUCUCGAGGAUCAGGGCUCAAUUUACUCACCAAAAGGGAGUGCUGCAUCUGUCACCAGGAAUCACCGGGACAGCAAUUUCUCGGGUAGUGGAACUGAAUGGGAAGAAAAUGCAUGUGGAGAUACCCCAAUCACUGAAAUUAGCGAAGUUUGUUCAUUACCUGCUAGGCAGUCGAAGAAGGCGUCGUCCAUAACGAGGCUUUGGAGGUCAUGCCCGAAUAAUGGAGAAAAUUACAAGAUAAUUUCAGUAGAAGGAGCAAAUGGCAGACUUUCAAAUGGAAGAAAGUCUAAUGGGGGUAUUGUAUCCCCAGAUCGAGGAUCCGGUAAAGGUGGGCUCAGUCCUUCAAUGGGACAGUGGAGUUCACCUGACGGUCAUCCACACAUAACGAAAGGGAUGAAAGGGUGCAUUGACUGGCCUCGUGGUGCACAAAAGAACAGUUUGAAGGCAAAGCUUUUGGAAGCAAGAAUGGAAAGCCAAAAGGUCCAACUGCGGCAUGUUCUUAAACAGAAGAUUUAGAACAGUGAAGUUCCCAACUGAAAUAAGGAAUAUAUUGGUCAGAGACAUGAGCAACUUCUGCUGCUGGUUCAAAAUCGGUUAAAAGUUGAAUACAGGCAACUGAUUGGUCCCAUAGAUUUUUCGAUCCUCCGGUUUUUCGAGUUCUUGCUGAGUAAGCCGGAUGAUGUUGUUCAUGAAACAUAUUAGUUGGGAUCAUCUCCUUUCAUUUGUAAUAGUUGUAACACUGCCUGGAGACAUUGACAUUCUCUAUGUAAUAGAGAACCAACGCAUGACAUUUGUAUUCUAUCACUCGGAUCCGAGGUUAUCAAGGAAAACAAGUUCAUGGUUGUCUGAA